GACGAACAUGUGCAAGUUGCUCUCAAUCGUGUUGAUCUGUCAUUCUGCAAAACUUUCAGCGUUCUUAUCCAAUUUGUCACCAACAUAUCCUGUCCACUUAUAUGUGAAUGGGUCAGAUAGCAUCGAUGAUCUCAAACUGAUGCACUCGUGAGGGUGAAUGCAGUAAAACUCGCCGCAAGAUGGCUAGUAAUACAAGCUGGCGAAUGGACGACAUGGAUGGCGGUUUGGACGGUGGACUCGCUUCAGAAUUACUGAAUCUGACUGGUCUUGGCAACGAGUAUGUGGCGGAUGGCGCGUACAACAUGAGGUACGAAUAACAAAAAAUUCAAAUACUAACUGAGAAUGCUCGCCGUGUACCUUCUGAUCAAAUGGAACAUAACUUGAAAAAUGAUCAACUCACUGACACGUAAUGUUUUAAUUUUUGCCCUCAGAGCUCUCUAUAAAAAGUGCCUUAAUCUUUUUUCGAUAAGGAAUGUGAGCUUAGAUUUUUCCAUCCGAUUGUAAAACGUUCUGUGGCUAGAUCGUGUCGAAAAAAAAGCGCGGAUGGAAUUUAUUUUCAUGUAACUUUGCAUGUAACAGAAUUACAUGUUACUCUUGUACAUGUAUCAUGAUAACAAGACGGGUUAGAGCUAUGGGAAAAUCUUAAAUCUACAAAAUAGCUUGAAUUUGUGAUAAAGUAAAUCUUAGUUUUUUCCCAGCAGCAACUGAUUUAGAAAAAAAAAUUACAUUCUCAGCCUCAUGAAUGGCUUUGAUUCCAUUGCUGAUCUUCAAAGAAUGCAGGAUGCUUGUAAAAUUUGACCCCUUUCAUUCGCAAGAUCUUAUUGAUAAUUCUCCUUACUGUCUGUCAUACAAUGCUUAUGAUGGUAGGUUGGAGAAUUUGGUUUUGGAUCAACUAAUAAUUGUUAGCAUCAAAUAAUUGAUGUCAUUUUUUCUUUGUUCAAAGUGAUGUCCUUAACUUGCCAAUUUUCAAGGAUGAGCCACCAGGAAGUCACCUAAACAUGGACACCAUUGGCUCUGUUUCUUCCGCAGUGACAGAGUAAGUGAGUCAUUAAGAAACUGUGAUGCUGUAUUAGUGGGAGAGUAUAUCAACUGGGUUAAUAACAUCAAGUUGUCAUCAUCAAUGUCGUUGUCAUUAUCAGUGUUAGGAAAAUUGAUAGACCUCAUGUUAUGUUUAUGCUAGGUUAAUUGAUAGACCUCAUGUUGCAGGUACUUAUUGUAUAGAAUGAAAAUUUAGCUGGUUUAAAUUUGUGAAUUGCCCUCAAAGCUAUGAAAAUGAGGUCACCAUGGCAACUGAGCCACAGCUUAUUUCCAGCCACCUGUCAGCAUCAACAAACAGGGGUGUGGAAAGAAUACUUCUCCCUUUAUUUCCUUAAACCAGCAUCUUUAUUUUCCAUACUUUUCCCUUUACAUUUCCUUUGGUAUCAACAAAGAGAAUUUGUUUGACAAUUACAAGCUUCUUAAAUUGGUGAUCAUUUCCUCUUUUCUCCUGACCUUUACAUUUGAUUCAAGGGUGAAAUUGUAAAGAGAAAAUAGAGGACAAUCACCCUUAAGGGUGAAAGGGUUAACUAAAUGGCAGAGAGGGAAACUUAACAAGCAAGGAAAAGAACUCGUCUAUCCUUCUGGUAACCCACUUGAAGCCUGGAAUAUCACUCUGGUGAAACUGCUGCAUGUUCUUGGUGUUAGCCUUGUCUUCUAUUACUUUUAGUUGAAUUUUACUAUGCGUUGUCCUAGGGUAACCAAUGGGGUGAAUUCUUUAGACCCUGCCCUCCAAACAAAGCAGGAAACUCUUAUGGCUUGUGGCAUGUCACCUCCAACGCAGUCGUCACCAAUGUCAUCUGCUGGAAGCUUAGAUGUUAAUAGGUAAGUACCAAGCAAGUAGAAUUACAUUUUGGUCACAUCUUCUUUGUAACAGUGUUCUCCUUUUCAGGCUUUACAUGUAACUGGUAACAUUUGCUGCCUGAAGCACCCCAUUAUAAUACUAAAACUGAAAAACUUGAAAAUUCUUGAAAAUUCAACAGGUAAUAGGAUUGCUCUACCAGUUUGAAAAUUUCUUUUACACAGUACCUGUCAUGCCCAGAAUAAGGGAGAACACUGAUUAACCUUGUGACUUUCUGGAGUAAUUGAUUCUGGUGUGUACUGCUCCAGCUAAAAUGACUCCUGAAGGGUUCUUAAAUGAAAUAAACAGAUGUUAUGGUAGGGGACUUUCAGUUAAAAAAAGAUGUUUAUUCCAUUGUGCAGAUUGAUAGAUUGUAGAAAGGAAAGUUGCUUCUGAUUUUUUCAAGCCUCUUUUCUGCAAUUGCUUACAUUUCAGCUCAGCCUGCCAAUGAGAAUUGUUUCUUGGCCUAAUUUUAAUCCACGGGUCAAAUAAAAUUUAUUUCAUUAAAAAAUUUUGAUCAGAUUUCUUUACGGAAAAGAUGAACCCUUUAAAAUUUAUGGCACUCCCAACGUGUGGCUUGGAUUACUCAUUUGGUAGUAACACCUAACUAGUAUCUUGGAGGCACAUCAGCUUGUUUACUCUCCAUUCUGUUCUCUAUACAUUUCCUGAUGUGCCGACAAGGAGAAUUUGUCAACUAAUCAAGAGCUUCUUUAGUUGGUGAUCAUUUCCUUCAUUCUCAUGACAUUACUUUUUUAUUCAGGGAUGAUAUUGUAAGGAGAAUCUAGAUGUUAGUCACUCUUAGAGGUUAAAGGGUAAAAUCUGCCAAAGCCUGAAUCUGCAGACUUUCUUUUUGCAAUUUCUGCAAUUACAGCUCACCUCACUUGCUUAAAAACUGAACACUGAUUUUUCAGGUCUGCAUUAAACUUGAGGAAUUAAGUUUAUUUUUCUUAGUUACUGGGUAGAUUUGAUUUUCCUUAUGGAAAGGAAAGAAGUUAGUAAUGUUGCCUGUAGCUUGUGAUACUGUAAGUACAUUGUUCUAUCAUUUAAGUUUUUGUUAUUUUUACCUUUUGUCAACAGUCUGAGUUACAGGUUCAGGUACAUUUUGAAAGCUGCAACUUCUCCUACAAAGAGACUUGAAGAAGACUCCCUAACUUAUCUAAAUCAAGGUACUUAACCCUCUUAACUCUUAACUCUAACAUCAGUAUGCAUAUUCUCCACACUUUUCUCUAUUUAUUUCUAAAGGAACCAACAAGGAGAAUUUAUUUAACAAUCAAGAGCUUCUCUAGUAGUUAAUGACCAUUUUCUUUAUUCUUGCGACCCUAGCAUAAUUCAGAGGUGAUAUUAAUUGGAGAAAUUAGGUUCUCAUCACUCUGAAGGGUCCUAAGAGUUAAACUACUGACCUAUAGUUGACUGUAAUUAUGAUUCAUGAAUAAAGGGGUGAGUUUCUAAAGAAACUGUGGUGCUGUGUCGGUGGGAGAGUAUAGCAGGUAAUUUAGUGUUAACAACUGGGUUGAAAACGUAAAUUAGCCAGCGUAAAGGGUAAAAAAGCUGACAUUUUGAGCGUUAGCCCUUCGUCAGAGCAAUAGUGAAGGGCUAACACUCGAAAUGUCAGCUUUUUUACCCUUUACAGUGGCUAAUUUACAUUUUCAACCCAGUUGUUAACACUAAAUUACCCGUAAUUAUGAUUCUUCAGGUGUUAUUCGUAAACUGGAAAUAAUUACUGACAAAGACUUUCCCCAUGAAUGAGAUUGUGUAGUUACAUGUAAAAAUCACUUUUCCAGUUCUCAAUCAAAAUGGAAUCAUAACUGAAUUAAAAAGCUUGUCUAGGAUGCUUAGAUUUUUAAUCCACCUGGUUUUGUUUUCAGGGCAGGCAUAUUUGUUGGAAAUGAUGUGCCUACCAUUAGAGGCUGCUAAAUUUGAAGGCAAACAUUUAAAAGUAAGGUCAUAUUUCUUACUUAAGUUUUCUAUCAGGGUUUUUACAGGUCCAGGUACAUUUUGAAAUUUUCUGGGAAUGGAAUGUCCUGGAAAAAGACUACAGGUUCUGGAAAGUCGUAGAAAUCUGUUUAACUCCAGCAAUAACAUUUUCAGAUUUUACGUUGUGAAAAUGUUUGUAGUCUGUAACAAGAUUUGAUUUUGAAAUCUAAUUGGGAUUGAAAGGGUUGAAGGUGAAAUUUCCUGGAAGAAUCAGUUUGAGUUCUGGAAAAGAACUGGAAAAGUUGUUGAAAUUUGUCUCCAAAAAAGGGUGUGAACCCUGUUCUAUUGUUGUUAUAACCAGUUGUUGUCUGCAUGAUUUGCAAGGCAGUGUUUUCUUUUCUAAUCAAGGGAUGGUUUUAACUUGUUUAGGAAGCAGCUGAAAAUUAUGAAGUUACUAGAGUAAGUGUUUGAAAAUGUAACAACAUAUGGGGGUAAUUUUGUUUCUUUUUAUUUGACAGAGCACAAUAAAGCUGUGCUUUUAUGAGAGAAAACUUCAAGUCCAAGAAUCUGAAAAAUAUGAAGAGUGGAAAAACAACCGACCAGCUGACAGAAUGUUGGAAAUAGGUUUUUAUUUUUAACUUUUCUUUGCUAAUCAAUUAACGAUUUCCAUUUGUCUUUUUUCGUUUUGAAUAGAAUUAAAUUUAUACAAUUUAUACUGUUCUGCUUUUGUUGUUGUUUUUUAACCAUUUUAGAUGUUCCCAUGUCAAGUGGUGUUUCAAACAUCAGAAGCAAAGGAAACUUGUUUAAUUGUUACGAAUUUGAGUGGGAUCCAAGCAAGGGAGCAGGAGUUUAUGUCAUUGUAAGCAGUUAUUUGUAGCUUGUUUUGGACAAUUUUUGUCUUCUACAUGUUCUUUCUCCUGGCAAUGCACUAAGUAUAACACCAUUGCAUCUUGCUCAAAAAAAAAAAAAAAGAGACACUUUUUUCUCUCUUUUUUUCUUCAGAUCAACUGUGUCAGCUCAGAGUUUACCAAGGGAAAGAGUGGUGAGUGUAGCAUUAAAAAACCAUAACGAUUUUUCUUUUUAGCAGUGAGAAGUUAUUGUUAGUUUUUAAAUAAAUUUUUUCUUUUUAAUUGACCUGGUUGAGAUUAUUUUAAAAGAAAAGCAUUUCUCUAGCACACUUUGCCGUUAACAGAAGUCACUGUUUUUUUACAGGUGGAGAAAGUGGUGUUCCAUUUAGAUUACAAGUUGACUCAUUCUCUCCCAAUUCAUUGACUGAUGCUCUUCCCAUCCACAGUGUAGGCUGUCAGGUCAAGGUGUUCAAAGUGAGUCUUAAGUACUUUGUCAGAUUUCCAUGAGUCUUCAGUUAUGCCUACUAUGAGAAUCAAAUUAAAAAACCUUCAGAAAGAUCUCAGAUUUCUGUACCACCAGCCUGCCCAGUUUCUGUGUUGAAUUUGAGAAAAUCCAUUGAUGCACUGGUCAUAAUCUCUAUAGCAGAGAUAAAAUUAAUUUUGUUUCCAUUUUGUUUCCUCAUUGUAAACUGUUUGUGAUCCUUAUGUUCAGUCUAAAGGUGCAGAUAGAAAACAUAAAUUGGAAAUGCAGAAACUGGAACAUAAAAAUCAGGAAGAUUUGGUAAGAUUGACAGUGAUAAUAAUAAUCAACUGAUAGUAAAUGCAGCUAUGAUUAUGCUAUGAAUCUUGUUUUCAUGUGAGGUACGACAAGUGGCAAAAGUAGUGGGCUUCCCCCCUCCCCCUCCCCCUCCCCCUUAAUAGGUGGUUGACAACCCUCCACUCAACAGAAUCUUGUAAUUAAUCUUUGAUAAGUUACUUGAAAGUUCCCCUUUCCCCUCACAAAAUGUUGCCUAGAAUUAGACCACAGUUUUUAACAAUAGGUAAUGUUGAAACAGGGGAGGAAGUUAUAACAAAUUCAAAAACUAGUUGUGCAUGCCAAGACUUUCCCUACUCUUUGUAGCUAGCCUAUAAUUUCAAGAUAUACCCAAUAAGAAAAGCAUGUAGGCUUACUUUUAGUUUCUGUUUUGAUUAUGAUGUGUUGAAAUACCCACUGUGUACAGUUGUAUGGUAUUUUUUUAAAGCUGGAAGCCAGUCUGCAAUGUCUGCAUUGCAGCUGUCAGUGAGUUUCUCAUAAGCCUCCCCUAGUUCUUCUCUCCCAUAAGCUCUCUUAGCAUCCAGCCUCUCUCUGCUCAAGGGGAGAGGGGAGGGGGGGAGUGGGAACCAUGGAAAUUACAGUGUAACAAGAGUAAUAAGAGCAUUAAUGAUAUCUGGUGGUUGUAAACAAAUUUUGGCCACUUGAGUCUUAACCAUUCCUUGUCACUUCAGUUUGUAAAAAAGUUUUUCUAAUGUUUUUUAAUUAUCCAUUACUGUUUCCAGGAUCAGUUGAGACCCACAAAUGCAUUUACAGAACUAACAGAAGUAGGUCAAGCCCAAUAAAUUAUUGAUUGUAAUUUAUUCACAAGUCUGUUGCAUUAGUAUCAAUGGAAAUUCUAACAUUAGAAGAGGAUGUUUGAGAUUUAACCUUUUACACCUUAGCAUGAGUAUGCAAAUUCUCUAUACUGUUCUUCACACAUUUCCUAAGGUGCUGAUAAGGAGAAUUUGUGUAACAAUCUGGAGCUUCUUUUGUUGGUGAUCAUUUUCUUUAUUCUCAUGACUUAAUUUUUGGUUCAAGGGCGAUAUUGUAAGGAGAAAUUAGAUACUUAGUUUAAAAUCAUCAACAUUAUUACUCUGUGCAUGAGUAACUGGAUAAAGCCUUUGACCGGACACCACUGACUAACCCAAGCAGUUGCUUUUACAGCACUGUUUCUACUCUUACUCAAAGGUGAAAAAGUUCACAAUCACUCUUUGUGUAAUAAAAAGUGCAGAUACAUCAAAUUUGGUCAGAGCAGUAAUUUUUUUAAAAAGUUAUCAAAAGCAACCAUGAUGGUGGUGGUAUAUUGAUUUAAUGUUAAUCUAGGAUCGAAGUAAUCUUUUCCUUCGUGAAGAUCAGCCAUUAGUUUAUAGACUCACUGCUCUCAGACUAGUGAUUCCUAUGAGAUGAAUUUAUUCUCAAUAUUUUCAAACAUUUCCUAUUGAAGAUAUUGCUAAUCCAUUUGUUUUCAGCUUCCGCUUAUUAUAGAAGAGGACAACAAUUCUUGCUGGAUGUCUCCAGGGUAAUGAACGAUUCCUUUGAAUCUUGCUUUUAAACUCUAAGACCACCCAGUGAGGUCUUCAAUCACAUCUCUUGCUGAACAGUCUUUCCGCUGGUUCAAAAAGCUUUUCAAUAGAAUUUUAACUCAAAACAGAUGUUUUCAAAGUUCAAACUAUGAAGUAAAUUUUACUCUCAAUAAUUAUUUUUUCCUUUACAUGUAGAUUGUAAGAUGCAUUCAACUAACAUGUUGAUAUGUUGAAUUUAGACUGAAGUUGUCUGUAAUGAUUGUUUUCUUGUGUAGGUCAGUGGCUGGUUCAAUGUCUUCUCCAUCCUCAGGGGGCCAAGUCAUGUCAACGACCCUGUCGUCACCCUCAUCAAUAAUGUCUUCACCACCUCCGACCCUGCAGAUGUCGUCAUCUAGUAGUGGGCUGUCCAAUUCACCCUCCACAACAUGUGGAAUGGUAAGUAACAUCAUUUCUAUUCAUUGUGUCACAUAUUGUUUGGGUAUGAUCAUGAAAACAUGGAAGUUGAUAAUAGGAAGGGGGUACUCUAUGACUCUUGGGAUAAGUGUGUGUGUGUGUGUGGAUGGUACUCUUGUUGCUAGAAUGAGGUGUUGCAAAGCAUUUGAAAUUUGAAACUCUCUGAGAUGUGAUUUCCAGCACUCUGCUGUAUGAUUGAGUAAUUUAUUUGUAGCCAGACAUUAAUGUUAGAAUCAGUUAACCCUUAAAUCCCUGAUCAAAUAUGUAAUUCACUUUACAGUCAAUCAUACAAUUCUUAUAAUGUUAGUUCAGAGAAUUUAGUAUUGGAUCAACUAACUAUUUUAAAAUUGAUAUUUUUCUUCAUUCUCAUCACUUAUCUGGUUGAUAUUGUAUUGAUAUUGUAAGGAGAGAUUCUGUCUUGGUCACUCAUGGGAAAAGAUACUUCUUUUCUUUUGUUGAUCACAAUUUACAAAGGAGCCAUUGCAAAUGAAGAUUGCUUGGGUUAGUUGUUAAAUAAACAAGGAUUUCAGAACAAACUAGUGAUUGCUGGAGUUCUGCCAGUUAUUUGAUAACAUGUUGCUGUUUACUCUAGUCAAAAUAAUUACCUUUUGACCCUUACUGAACUAUUCACAGUCACCUACUUUUGCAAAGUCUAACACCUACUUCAAAACAUUUUGAAACCCCUGGAUAAACCAUAUAGUUUUGAAUAUCAUUGAGAUUAAUUUGUUGUGCAUCUUUCAGGGACUAACAUCGGAUUCUUCUGUGGAUGAAACAAGAGUUUGGUUGCAAAAUAACAGAUUUCAAAACUACCUGAACAUGUUUGCUAACUACACAGGUCAGUAACACAGAGAAACUGCUGCCAGAAGGAUGUGCUAGAGAAUAAUUUUGUUUUGACAGCAGGGAGGAUAAAUUUACUUGAGGCAAAUUUCUUUAGUUGCAGCUUACCAGCAGGGAUUACUUCUUUACUUGUAAUUCAACACUUUGCUUUUCCUUUGCAGGUGGUGAUCUGCUUAGAUUGACCAAACAAGAUAUGAUUCAAAUCAUGGGGCCUGCUGAUGGUAUACGCUUACAUAAUGCACUUCAAGCAAGGUGAGAGAAAUGAUUUCCUUGCGUAUAAAUCUACAAUAUUUUUUGUGGCUUAGUUUGAUAAGAAACCAUGAUAUGAAAGGAGAAGUAUGCACAAGAAGCCAUUAUAAUGGGGUAUUAUCUCCGUUGUUUGAAUGUAUGUGUAAAAAUUAACUUUUUUAUCAGAUAAAAGGUUCAGCUAGAUUUAGGAUUGUUUAGGACACAGUUUUGUUGAACAGCAGCUAAACUUUGUUUAAAUAAUCAGAUUAUGAUGUCCAGGUCAUAGUUCUCCUUCAGAUUGAACUCUUAUAUUUUUUUUUGUUGUUUUUGCUGAUAUUUUUGUAGGGCUGUGCGUCCACUUUUAACAAUGUACAUUUGUCUGGAAUCAGCCCAGCAGAACUCAGGAAUGAAAGAAUACCAUGCUAUGUUUCUUGAAGCUCUUAGCCUCAGUGAAUUAAGGAAGAAACUGGCAUUAAAAUGUAACCUUAAUGCUGAGCAGAUUGUCGCUAUAUACACCUUCAGGUAAUUUAGUAGAAAUGAAACCUGGAAAAAUUGUGCAUUUUAUGUAGUCGGAUGAUCAUGUAGUGGCUUUUGUUAUAUUUGAUAAUUAUGAUUAGUAUGUACCACACUGGUUAAUAGUACUUUUUGUGUGAGCUAAUUGGAGUGUGCAGAAGUGAAUAGCAAGUAUUAUUGAUUCAUAUCUGAGCAGCUGACAAGACAAAAUUUUUUGGGUAUAUAUGUGAUAUUUAGUGAAACAAUUAUUCCCCUCAGUGCCGGUUAAAUUAUCUACCACCAUUCACCUCCACUGUGAUAAGUAGUUGUUAAUUAUCACAUCUCAUGAUUAAGUAAUACUGAUUUUUUUUUUCCAUAGACAAGGGCCAACGGAAAUUUAUGUUUUAGUUGACAAUGAGGUGAGAAUCAACACAAUAACCAACUGUUAAACUUAAUGUAAACCCUUGUAAUUAAGGGGUGCUUAGGAAAAAAGCCUUCAAACAGAUUUCUAGAUUCUCCUUCUAAAUUGUCUUAUAUUACUUGAAACAGAAGGAGAUUCUUAAGUACAUGUUGCAUUUAUCAAGAAGUCAGUUAAAGUUUUAUUCUGCACACCCUUUCUUUCAUUGUAAACCUUUUUUGUGCAUUAAACCAACCAUUGUUGAGAAGUGGACAUGUCAAAUACAUUUUUGCUACAAGCCUUGUAUAUAAAUAUAAAGAUUAAUUGAACCUUGUACUGGCCUAGCUCCCUGACUGUUUAACUUCUCUGGCCCAGUGCCAGAAUUUGCAAUCUGAAGUUCUGUGGUUCAGUUCUUCAAGGGAACUCUGAAUAUUUUUCUAUUUUCCACUCUGGUGACAAGCCUAAAAAAUAUCUCCUUAAGGACUGAAAUAUUUUAAUUUGCUGUUUUAGAUGGUGAGGAAUUUUGCGGAUGAAGGACAUUUUAUUGUACAACUAGUCAGAGGUAAUGUCUUGAACACAGUAGGCUGAGAAUAAAGAAUUGCACUUGUGCUCUGACCACAAUUUAUUCAUCUUUUUUUUUCUUUAUUUUCUGGAACCAGUCUUGGAAAUAAUCUCAUUAUUUGCCUUAUGUUUCCAGAAGAUGACAAUACAUACCAACUGAUUUUAAAGUAAAACCAGGGAAUUACCAGGCCAAGUCCAUGAAUUCAUAGCAAGAUACAACCAAUGCAGUUUGCUGUUUAUGUAGUGGAUAUGAAUGACUGUUGGCCAAAAUGAAGCAACCUCACCUGAAGGAAUAUUUGGAAAGAGUUGCUUUCCUUAGAAAGGAAUAGUCAAGAUUGGUUGAGGUGGAGAGAGACAAUUCAGGAUUAAAACAUAAUUUUGCCCACACUAUAUUUAUGGAGCAACACUGGAGUGAUCAUGGAGCAGUUGAUAGAACUAUUUUUAGAUGUUUUGCAAUAUUGUUUCAGUAUUGGGAGUUCUUCAAUAAACAUUGCUGGUGGAAACCUGGUGGACAUUACCAUGCUAACUAACAAUUGACAAAAUCAUGGAGACAUCAUUUGUUGAGAUGGAUUCCACAUCUCAAGGCACAUUAAUUAAUAUGUCCAUUGUUCCAGUUGAAUAUUUCUUGGGCAUCAAAUGAUAGGAAAGUAGUUGCAUUUAUGACACCUAAUGCACUGAGGAGAAGAGAGAAAAGCAUUGUUACAAAACAUGUACCUAAUAGGGCCAUUCAGUGUGUAGAUAUAACAGCCUGUCACAAGGGGCCAUAUAUCCAUGCACCUUAUACUAACCAAGAGUAAGGUCUAUGUUGUACGUUUCAAACCAGAUUUAACCCCUUCAAAUUAUGGCCCAAAUGUGUCACACUUGGGGAAAAUUGAUGAUUACAGCACAGACAAGAAGAUGAGGACAGCAGGAUCUUUCUGACUCUUCUUUGUGUCUGACUGAUUUGGGAAAUGAUCUCUAGUCACACCAAACAGAUUCAAAUGAAAUCAAAAUUGUUUUCAGUUGCUGGAAGGUGUAUGUUAACACACAACUCUAAGGAGAACAAAUAGAUUUUAACUUUUACCUUUUGCAGAAAGUCAGAAGCAAUUGGCAAUAGAUAAGGAGAGAUUUUUACAGCAAAGAUAUGUUUUACCAGUAACUCUAAUCUACUGUGUGGCCUGCAAAGUUAGCCAACCACAGGUGCAUAUUGACUGGAAGAUACAGUGGGAUACCCUGUUGCAAUCUUUGUUUCUGUUUCUUAACAAGUUUAUGUCUCAAAACGUUCUGUUAUCAGAAGUGACUGAUCUACUUGUAUCCAUUUAAUAAUUUUUAAAAAAUGGCAAUAACUUUUGGCUCAUGACAAGAAAAUUUGCUACAAGUUUUUCCACCAGAGGAAAACUUGUACAAUGUGUCUUUCGAUGGCUCAGCUAAAUUUGAGAGUGGAUAAAAAAAUUGCCCAUAAUGUUAUGCCACUGUUAGGCCACUAAGAAAAAAAUAUAUUUAAUUACUCAGAACUUAUUGAAAUUGUAAUAUCAUGUAUGAUAUUGAUACUCAAGCUUAAAGCUGGGUAUUUGGUUUUGUUGGUUUUAAGGUAUAAGUUUCAUCACCUGUAAGGUAUUUUAUACAUCAGCAUUCACCCUUCAAGCGCUUUGGAUUUUUUUUUUAUCUAAUUGCAUGAUGUAAAGAAUCAAAUGAAAGUUACGCAAUCUUUCCACACAUUGCUUUCUUUUUAGUUAUAACAUGACCAUUCUUCUACACCAUUAAUCAAAACUAGGACAAAAUUCCCAGUCAUGAUUAGUCAUCACCAUUGAAAUUUAUGCUGCAUUCAUACAUGCAAUUAUACAAUCAGAGUCCUGCUUCACAGUCCUCUGAUUUGGUUAACUACCAGACUGUAUGAGUACUAAUUAGGAGUGAGAGGAGUUGAAGUGGGUCUGUAAUCAUACAAGUGUUUAACAAAAUCGAUUGACCCCAAAGAGGUAGUCUGGUCUAUUAAUUUACAAGUAUGAUUGCAGACAGAAUUGGACAACACAAAGUUCUGUAACCAUUUAAUCAAACUAUGACAAAAUGUAAGAAACAAACUAGCUACUGAUUAUAUAUAUUCACCAAAAAAACAACAGUGUGCACAUGUGACGCAGACUGUUCAGUUACAUAAGCAUGAUCCAUACAUUGUCCAAUUACAAGCACAAUGCAUACUCUACCCUAAUGGUGCUCAAAUGAGGCCGGUGAGAACCAAUCACAUGUAAGAAUUUUGUUCUAGUUUUGAUUAAGAACCAAAUUGAAC